AACCCAAUUGAAACCCUAUUUUCUAGCCAACCCCUUGAAAUUCGAAGAAAGACAAAGCCACAAAUUUUAAAAAAAAAAUCGCGACGACAGGAAUGCUUGUGACAGUGGCACAUCGGUGAGAGGGGAAAACGACGGCUCAGCUGGGAUACUUCGCGGUGUCAAGGUGGUUCGGUGUCUCGGUGUUUGCGCGGCGACAGUAGUGACUCUGAGCAUUCGACGGUGGUGCUCUGUUACGGGAAGAAGGUUGAAUCAUAAAACAGUUCAUGGCUGAAGAAAUGCAAUUGGUAGAACCUGGAAGAGGUCCAAGAAAGAGGAACUUUGCUAAAAAUCAAGGUCGUAAAAAGUCAAGUAAGAAACCAAAAGUGAUGGCACCACCACAUGGACAGAAGAAAGUUAAAAUAGACAAAAAAAUGAAGAAACUUUUCCGGAAGCGAGCACGAGAGUAUAAUUCUGAUGAUGAAGACGAUGAUGAAGUUGAUGGGUCUAUGGGGAAUAAGAACAAUGAGGGGGAUGACAUAGAAAGUGAAGAGCCUUCUGAAGAUGAAGCAGUGGCCGGAGGACAAAAACCGCGGAAUAAGGAUGCUGCUGAUAUGAAUAAUCAAUUCUCCGAGGAUGAAGGAGAAGAUGAUGGUGAAAUUCAGCCAGGAAUUACGAAAUUCGCUGAAGGUUGUAGAGCAUUCAAGAUUGCCUUCAGGAAUAUUAUAAAGAAGAGUGUUUCUGAUGACACAUUGGGUCCAGUAUUGUCAGGGCACAAGAAACUUGUUGUAGAGAAGCUUGCAGAAGAGGAGGUGGAACGAAAGAUCAAGGGAGAGGCAAAAAAGGAAAAGCAGAUGUUAGCAGAAAAGGGUCAUGUCAAACCUGCUACUUAUGUGGACACACAUGAAAAGUUUCUAAUAAGUGUUGCUACAAAAGGAGUGGUCAAGUUGUUCAAUGCUGUCAACAAGGCACAAACUGCUCAGAGAGGGUUGGACUCCUCAAGGACUAAGGAUGCAAAAGAGAUAAGAAAGCGGACCAAAGAAGCCUUCUUUUCUGAAUUAGGGAAACCAUCAUUGCAAGCAGUUGGCACCUCUGCAAAGGCCAAUGCAAGCACAGGCAAGGUAGAAGAUGAACAGCCUGCCUGGGCUCCAUUAAGAGAUAAUUAUAUGCUGACAAAUUCAAAACUAAAAGAUUGGGACAAAAUGCCAGAUAAAAAUGUAUCAGAUGACAUUGGAAAGACUUCUGAAGAUAGCAGUUCAGAUGAAGAUUAAUGUUUUAAAACUUGAAAAGGCAGCAUUGAGAUAUUUAUAAUGGGACAAUCUGUCAGAUUUUGAAUAUUGGAACUGUGGUUGUUAUUGGCAAAGGAAUAUUUUACCCAUGUAUUCUGCUAUGAAUGGUGUUCUUUUAUAUCGAACACGAGAAAAUGAGUCAUGAGUAUGGGAGUUAAGUUACUAAAAAUCUAUAUCACUAUUCUAUUUUU